AGCGAGGCUGAUACUGGAUGCAGGAACCUGUGAAAAAAGAUGUGCAGGAAAAAACAACCAAAGAAGUGGCUGAGGUCACUACUAAUGACUGUUUCAGUGCAGAGCCUGAUCCACCGGAACCAGUGAAGAGGCUCUCCCCAGCUAGAGAAACAGGAAAGGAGCUGAGGACUCUUAGUGAAGCUCUAGCUCGCUCAAGGCAUCAUAUCAGUUCUGUGAAGCGAGGUGGAGAAUACUUUCAUAUACUUCACCAAGAAGCACUGAAGAGGAAGAACACACUGAAAGCAGCCCAGCAGGAUCAGGGCACGAGUUGGAGAACUGAGUUCCAGCUACCCAAAUGCUCCCCUGAUGCAGAGGAGUCAGAGGAAGAAAUAAACACUUGCUCUCUGAGAAAGUCAGGGAACACGAAAAAAAAGAUGACCUUACAGUCUUUCACUCCUGUUUACACCAGUGUCUUGAUUCCAAGCUUCCCCGGAGGAAAAAGUGAACAUCUCUUCCGUCAGCUGUGCGCCAUACACUGGCUUUUGGAAGCUUUGACUCUUGAAUCCAACAGUUCUAUGCGUUCUAUAUUUACCUGUUGGAAUCCAGCGGACCCUGGUGGUUAUAAAAAAACAGUGAAAGAAAUCGAAGAGGAAAAGUUAGCAAAGUACAUGUGGGAUCUCUUUAUUACAAACACAAAGAAAAGCACAUGGAAAGCACGAAUCGGUGCACUUAGGAAGAUAAACAAGACAUCUGUUCCAGGCAUCUCUCAGCUUAGCUGUCAGUCAUCUCCUGGAGGUCAAACCCCUCGUGGCAGUGAACCUUCCACUGUACUUUGCUCUGAAGACAAUGUCAAGAUUAAUGUAGCUUCAUCUGAUGCUAUGAGUGAGUCGGCACAAGCUAAAGAACAACGACCUCUUUUCCCCUAUUUGGUUUUUUCAUCAGCUCUACAGAAAGUCAACCAGAUAACACAUGAAGAGGUGUCAAAAGAGGUCCAUAAAAAAGAUGCUAUGGUUAAGAAGACUGGAGUGCAGCGUUUGUUGCCAGUGGCUCGGAAGAAUUACGGGGUAAAAAUGUCAUUCAUUAAGGACCAAGAGAGUGUAAUAUCAAGAAAGCAGAAGCCCAGAAGGCAGAGCUGCCAUAUCAGCUCUUUCAUUAAAAGCAAAUCUAACUUGUGUGCCGAUAUGAGGCAAAAGUUCACAGCAGUACGUGAAGAAGCAGCCUGUUGUUUACAUGAUACUCUAGAGUGCCUUGAGAGGAAGCAGGAAGAGCGAUGUUGUCAAAAAUACCAGGCUUUGAAACAUUUGACGUAUUUCAGAAGAGACAUGGAAAGAAUAAGACAGCUGGGCAUGAGACCCAAAAGAGAACCUGGUGAAGAUGGACUAAACUGGUUUCCUGUAUUGCUUGCCAGACUCCCAGAGUCUGUGAAAAGUGACUGUAAAGUACAGAAAAUCUUAAAGAAACUGGAAAAAUAUGGCAAGACUGCUGAUUUGAAAAUUUCUCCAGACACCUUUCUUAAGGCUCUGGCUGAUCUGCAGGUGUGGGAGCUGUGUUCUCCAGAAAUUGCUGCAGCUGUGGAGUUUGUACGUGAAAAUAUUGUGCAGAUGCCAGAAGAGGAUUUCAACGAGUGGUUUCAGACAAGAGUAGCCCCCCUCAGUAGGGAGUCCUCCACUGUUUAAUCAAAAAAGACAGAUGAGAUGGUUUCCAGCUACAACUGUCUUCAAGCAAAAAAGUACCGCGUGUUGAGAUCUGCCUUCAAGGAAGACUAGGGAAGGGGAGGUAACUUCAGGAAGUCCCACUGACCACUCUUGCACAACUGAAACUUGUCCCUCUACGGUGCUCUGCUAGCCGCAGUUGGCCAUAGAAAAUAAAAGCUAAAUACUGUUGCUUCUUCCUGUAUGAAGUCUUGGGCUCACCAUCAAAUUUCAAUCUCAUCUAACUAUGCAGGAUGAAGACUGAGUUUCUAAUCACAAGACAGGUCGUUUCUUCAGAUAUUCCUCUAACAAUACCUACAGCAUAACAAGCAGCUACUCAGUACAGAUAUACUGAUUGCCAUAAAUAAGUAGCAUUGUCUCUGCCCUUCAUUUUAACCCUCCUUCAUGAAAAAUAUCCCAAGCCCAGGAUAGUUGUGAGCUUUAAGACAAUUCCUUUUUUUUCCUGCAUGAAUUCUUUUUUGUAAUUCAGAUGUUUUAUUUUUGCAUUGAGUUUAUUCUGUAGUUAUUCUGUGAUUGAGUUAAUUCUUGCCUUAUUAAAAUCAAUAUUGAAAAAACAAGCAUCUUUAGAUGCAUUUCACAGAUUUUCACCUGAAGAUAUGUUUUUCCCCAAUUACAUUAGCGUAUGUUUGCCAUUGCUCUGCUGGGUAAGACAGUAGAAUGACACCCCUGAACUUGCAGACAGUGAUAAGUACAUGACCUUUGUGAACCUGUCUGGGCUUAACUGUAUGUUUCAUGGUGGGUCACAACUGCUGGGUGAUGGAGUCAGUAAGCCAGUGACCUUUUAAGCUGAUGAUCUUAAUGAGCUGCUUACCUGCCUGGCAAAGCUUCCAGAGGACCCACUGGCGAGAAAUGCUGUUGAUCCUUCAGCCGUGAUAAGGGGAAGCAAGGCCAGCUUAGGGUCCAGGGUAACAGGAAGCAGAAAGGAUAUUCGUUCAGGAGCCCUUUCAACAGUGAGAAGUGAGGAAUACUCCUUUGUUGCUGGGCUAGAAGGGCACGGAAACUGCAGCAUUCACCCCAUUGAACCAGCAACUAAGUUCCAUGUUUUGAGGAUGCCACUACAGCUGACUGUGACUCUCUUCCUCUUUGCAGUGGACUUUUGACUUGAGUGUGCAGACACUGGAACUUCUUUCCAGAACCACUGCAAGCCAUGAACGUGUCUUUGAGGAGAGUCCUGCCAGCCAGCAAUACAGCCAAGUGUGGUGGAGAGACCAUGUUCUGCCUUACAAAUCCUGCUGUCAAGCUAUAGCACCCUCUGAAAUCAAGCUUUCUGCUGAGCCAUCUCAGCACAGUGGUUCUUUCCUCUAAGAACCUUUCCCAGGUUCUCAGGCAUAUAACUACCCUCCAUCACUGCGGGCUGUGAAACCAAAUUGUUGGCUGAAUACCUCCUUUUUCGUGAUCUCGGAGGAGCCAGACAGAGCAAAAUCUCAACUCCAGCCUUCACCUGAUCAGAAGUCUCUCCAUUUUGCAGAAGCUCCAUGAAGGUAUAAAGUUCUUUUUUCUUGUAUCGCAUAGCAGAAACAGAGCCUGUUCCCUUCAGGGUGCAGGCUGUCAUCCUCUUCCUCACCAACUCCAAAACUAUGAUAGAAGCAGAUCUUUAUUUACUUGCUUUGUGGUUUGGUUGUUCUUGGGUGGUUUUUUUUUCCCAUACAGUAGGUUUUGGAAAUAAUAAAGUUUCAUUUCCUUGCUCCCCCUCCUCCAUCCCCCAAAGUGGAUUUCAAGUUAUGUUCAGUAAGGACUGAAUCACUUGCUAAAAAUUAGCCAAAGUAGUCUGGGCCUGAGCUACCAAAAUGCUUUAAGUUGGUUAUUUUCUGCCAAUCUUUGAUGAUUUUGCUAAAUUUAGCAGGUCCCUGGGGUUAGGAGAUGACAAAUUCAGCCCAGAUCAGAGGAAAUGCCUUUGUAGACUUUAUGCCACUUGCUGAUGGGGCUCGCUGACACUAGAAAUGACGGUGUAAGAACACAGCGAAGUUCUCCCCGGGGUAAUGCGAAUUUAGUUAAAGUCGUUUAACUGCAAGAAAAGCCCGGACCGCCCGAGGGCCGUGUGGCUGCGGAGGACCCCUCCGUCCC